GUUGUUCUGCCUCCAUAAACAGCUGAUCAAUUUUAACAAUUUUCUAUUGCUUUGUAAUUUUUGUGUAAAUUUUGCUCGUUACUAUUUUGAUUGUUUAAGAAAAGUGCAAAAAUGGGUAGCUGGCAAUUAGAAGUUUUUAAAAUGACUUUGUAUAUGGCCUUUCCUGUGGCCAUGUUUCACAUCUUCAAUCAACCGGCUUACUUUGAGGAAUGGGUGACCAAGACAAGGCGUGAGCUAUAUCCACCAGAAAGCUUAGGUCACCGGGAAGAGAUUCAAAAGGCCAUAAGAGAUGUGCGUGAGAAAAGAGAUAAAGAAAUGAUGAAAGCAUUAGAGGAUAUAGAAAAGCGUGGAAAAUAAUUGUUUACU